CCCCGUCAACUGCUCCACGCCUUAUUAACCAUGGGCGACCGGAGUUACUAAUGCGGGGAAGAGCAACAUGCUGCUAUCAAAGUACGUAGCUGGGCAUUAAUUCAGCUAAUUGACCAUAUGUGCGUCCUUUGGCUUUACUAGAUGUCUCACAUUUUUCAUGUAUAUACUCAACGCCAACCAGCAUUCUCAAAAGUGUCCUUGUUUGUUGAUCAACCGGACAGACUUGCGAUCUUGCAGUACUCUAUGUACGAGGUUUUCAUCCGACCAGUAAGCGCUGAUUCCAAAUCGGGUUGUGGUUGUCGCGUUCUGGAAGUUUCUCCAGGGUUCUCGAAAUAUCCUCAAGGAACUGCGAUUCACGAGCGUACGACGACCGACGCGUACGCGUCGGCAUUGCUGAGCAAUGCAACAUACGCUUUAGUAUAAAAGCUUCGCAGUCUGAGUCCUCUUCCAUCUCAUCUUCCUCAUCAACCACCAUCAUCAUGCUCGUCUUCACAACGUCUCUUCCCACCAUCCAGUCGCAAUACGCGGAUUACCAUCGUCCUGCUUCAUCAGUACCACCCGACUACUAUGCCGAUGCAGUCGCUGAAGCUGAAUACCAACUUACCGUCGCUCGUGCUCGCGCUGAGGCUGCUCGACGUGAAAUGGAAUAUCAGGCGCAGUUGAGGCAACAAACUGAAGUUCUAUUCGAUAGGGAAGCUGCGGUGCUUUCGAGCUACCCUCACGCAUGUUUUCAAGAAGUUGUCUGGCCUGCUUCGUCCUCCAUUCGUGCUCAGAGAGAAGAGAAGCGUAGGCAGACCUUGCUUACUCAGCAGCGCCAGAGAGAACAAAUGAGGGCUCAAGCACUCGCUCGUCAGCGUGCUGAGCGCGAACGGCGAGUCCAGGUUCAACGCGAAGCACGUCGCGUUCCACAGCACACGGAACAGCUUUUAGCUCUGGUUAAGUUCCUCGCGAAGUUCGGCGGACAAGGUCAACAGCCAUCUGUCAAUACCCUGUCGCACCCUGGUACAUCCCAGGUUCCCCGCGUUUACAAGCAGAAUACCUCUAGACCCGCUGGCGCCCGAUUCCUUGUAAAUCCUUCAGCCACUACACCGAUAGUGAACGCCCACAAGGUACCACCAGUCGACGAGAAAGGCAAAGCUCGUGAGACGCCUGCGAUCCCUCUCCCUAAGUCUGUUCCAGUUGUAUCUUCGAAGUCCGUCCAGCCAUUUCAACCCACAGUCGCGGACAUUCUCAAGGAACGGAAAGAUUCUGAAGCCGACAGCGAGAUCCGGGAAGCUCUCGAUGGUCUUCUCAAGGCGCUUUACGGUCUCGGUGCUUCUGCAGAUUCAAACGUAAACGUGAAAACUCCAUCAUCCCCACAGGUACACUCUUCAUUAGACCCACUUUGUCGCUCCGAUACUGAGUCGCGAUUGUUCCAGAACGAUGAGGUUGUCAAGUCUGCUGCCGCCGAUGUCAAGGAAGAUGUACCCGUGACGGAGCCUGCUUCGAUCAAGCGCACCCCAGCUAUUUCUGCAGCCACAGCUGAGAAGAUUCGGGAAGUCUUCUAUUCCCGACGCGCACGUAAACUAUCACUUGGUGCUAUCAAGGAGAUCGAAGAGACUCUCCGUUCUCUUGAGUCGUCGUUUGUCUUCCCGUCCCAACUCGACUUCACUCCUUCUUCAAACGGCUCCGAAUCCGCCUCCGACUCUGAAGGGAAAUCUCCACUUUUGUAUACGUCUAACAAUCGGCCUAUCCAUACGUUCCAGCAUGCAUUGAAUACACUCUUGGAGAAGUUGGAUGCUGUGGAUAGUCAUGGCGACUUGGAGGUGAGGGGAAGACGUAAGGAGGUUGUGAUUGAGGUCGAACGAGCCUUAAAGGAGGUUGAUAGGAAGGUUGAGGAGAGUCGUGAGAGGGCUUCGUUGGCGGAGACACCGGUCUCGCAGGAGUCUCUUUCCUCUUCUGAAGAACGAAUUCCUGAGCCUGUGGAAGCUUCCUCAACAUCAGCGCCUGAUACCCAAGUAGAUGUCGCUGUUCAAGAAGCUCUUCAUACCAGCAACGCCGAUAUCGUUACUGAGGCUACUCCUACUUCGUCACAAAUACCCGAGAAUUCCAUACCCACCUCCACUGAGGAUCUGCUUCCCCAACCCUCUCUAGAAUCCGAUACCCGAGCGCGGAAGACUCAAGCGGGUAUACCUAGAGAGAUCCCUUCGCCACUUGAGACAACGCCAGGGGUCGAGGAUGUCUCAGCAGUUGUUAAAUCUUCAACAGUCGCACCCAUCCAGCCCGAACUCACUCUUAAGGCUGAAGAUGUUGUCCCUUCCUCUCCUGCAGGCAACGACAACAACUCUCUCGAUGACGCUGUUCCUACUGCCACCUCUCCGCGAGAAGUCGAGAAAGUUCUUCCGGUAACUGAGGAAUCACAAUUAGGAGUGACAUCGUCUUCUAGUGACCUUGUUAUCCUUGUCUCUGAUACUAAAGACGAUACAUCUUUACCCCCUCAAAGUACGAAUGCCGAUACCCCAUCAGAACCGAUUACUUCGUCGACGCCUUCUUCACCUUCAUCACCGUCUUCCCUUUCCGAGUCCGACUCUCCCAACAGUUCUGACAACGAGACUGCGUAUCUCCUUCAAUCCUCUCCCAUAGCUGACCCAGAACCCCGUAAAUCUACUGCAAAGAAGGAUACAGAUGAUGAUGAUAUUGAUAUCGUUCAGGUUGAAGAGGUCUCACAGGGCGUUGUGGACGUGGAGGGUAAGGAGGGUAAGGAGGAGGAGGGUAAUGAUAAGGACUCGGAUGGGUGGUCGGAAGUCGAGGCAUAAUCGGACAUGGACUUGAUUGGACGAUUGGUUUCUGUGUUUGUUUUCGGGCUGUACUUAUAUACCUAUUAUAUAUCCCUAUAAUAUGACUUUCGUUCAUCUGAUGUGAUUGUGGUUCUU